CGUGACGUAUCGCUUCUGCAGUACGUCACGUGCUACACAUGCGCCAAUGAGAGGGCGUUAUCUAUCUACCCGGAAUUAGUCAAAGGAUUUUCCUGACAGCAGCACCCAGUCAGUCCAUGGCUGAAAACCAUGAGUUCAUUGGUCUUGGCUCUUCUCCGGUUGACUCUUCAGCUGCUGCAGGACACAGCUGGUUCCCUGGACCUCCUCCACCCAUCUAUUCCUGCACCCUGACCCCUGAACUGGUGGCCAAGGCACGGGAGGAACUGCAGGAAAAACCAGAGUGGCGUCUUCGAGAUGUCCAAGCACUGAGAGACAUGAUUUUGAAGGGGCAGCCAAAUCUGAGGACCAGGCUGGAUGAUGCCUUCCUCUUGCGGUUCUUGCGGGCCAGGAAGUUUGACUACGACCGCGCCCUGCACCUGCUCCUCAAUUACCACGCUGGCCGUAAAGCCUGGCCCGAGGUGUUCCAGGACCUAAAGCCAUCUACAGUCAAACAUGUCCUGGACCUGGGCUUUCUCACAGUUUUGCCUCGGCCGGACCCCAGAGGGUGUUACAUCCUUUGUCUGAGGCCUGGGAAAUGGAAACCAAACGAUUAUCCAUUUGUUGACAAUGUGAGGGCCCUUUAUCUAACUCUGGAGAAGCUGAUUCAGCCGGAGGAAACUCAAGUGAAUGGUAUCGUCAUCUUGGCAGACUAUACAGGAGUGGGCAUGUCACAAGCAUCCAACCCAGGACCAUUUCUUGCAAAAAAAGUUGUGAGCAUCCUCCAGGAUGGCUUUCCAAUCAGAAUCAAGGCUGUUAACAUCAUUAACGAGCCCAGGAUUUUCAAAGGCAUCUUUGCUAUAAUUAAGCCUUUUCUGAAAGAGAAGAUGGCAGAGAGGUACAUCCUCCACGGUUCCGACAUGCGCUCUCUGCACCGGAACAUCCCCCGGACGGUUUUGCCCGAGGAGUAUGCCGGCAUUGCAGGCCAACUGGACAUGCAUGAGUGGUCGCGACUACUGCUGGACUGUGAGGAGGAAUUUAUAGUGGAGUUCUGCCAGCCAGAUCCACUAGAGAGUGUGAUGCUCCCGGACACCAUGGUGUUUGAAGGAGACCAGGCCAGCCAGCAUGAUGACGACACCUACAGGAUGCUACGUUCUCAACUUUACUACUGUUACUGACAUGAACUGUAGACACACGCCCGUCACUGAGGGGACAUUUCCUGUUUCUGCAGAGAAAUGAGUGUGGACUUUGACUGGGCAAGUUGCCAAUAUCAUACAUGAUAUAUUUUACUAACUAAGCAACACUACUUUUGGGCUUCUCUCAUUAACACAAACCCCAGCAUUUGGUUAUGCUUUCAAGGCAGCUGCAAGGCUCUGGCAGUUUGGAUUUUGUAGUGAGCCAGCGCAUGUUUAGCCAGCGUUUGUGGUCCAUGAGAAGCUAUUUCUGGUAUUCAACAUUUUCCAUUGAGAAAGAAUUCUAAAAAUGGCUUUUCGCAUUUGUUUGUUUAAUGUCUGCAUACCAGCAGUCAGUCAUAUAUCGGGCCUUCUCGCUCUAUGUGCAUGAUUAGAUUGUCUGACACCAGAUUAAAAAUUGAGGCAGUUUUGUGCGCCUUAAACUGCUGUUCAUUGCUAGACGUGCAUCAUGUGAUGUUUGUGUACACCAAAGCAAUAUUCAUGUGUGCUGCCAUUGUAAGUGAAUAUAGAUCAUUAUUGUGCCCGAGAGGAAGAGCAGUUUGAUAGAUUUAAAUAUUUUUGGCUCAAUAUUUUAAUCAUACUGUGUGUGACAGCUUGAGAGGAUUAUUUUUCUAAGUGGAAAUAUUCAACUUUUUUUUUUUUAAUAAGUUUUUAAAUGUUCAUCAUUGUUUGGUUGUUGUUCCUUAUUUCUCAGUCUUAAUGUGAGAAAAUUACAGAUCGCAGGAUCAUAUGUGGCGUUGCACUAACUGUGAUCAAUUUGCCAAAUUUUACAGGCCAUGUAUCAAUUUACAUCUCAUCUUCUAGGAGCCUGAACCCAUUUUUCCUUUUUUUUUUUUAAAAAAAAGCUACAUCUGUUGUUAUAAGCUGUAUAUUGUUGCAGAAUAUUCAAUCAUGGUGGUGAAAACAGUAAAGUAAAGCUCAAAGUGCUA